UGAGGCUGACGCGCGUCGUUUUUCGGCGGCGUGGCGCAGCGCUUCUCCCGGUGGCGCGGCGGCUUCGGAGGGUCGGCCGCCGGGCACAGUUUCCUAAAAGACAGAAAAAUGGAGGAAUUGGUAAACCAAAUGCAGCCGCUGAAUGAGAAGCAGAUAGCCAAUUCUGAAGACGGCUAUGUGUGGCAAGUCACUGAUAUGAAUCGGCUGCAGCGGUUCUUGUGUUUUGGUUCUGAAGGUGGGACUUACUCUAUCAAAGAACAGAAGUUGGGCCUUGAGAAUGCUGAAGCUUUAAUUAGAUUGAUUGAAGAUGGCAGAGGAUGUGAAGUGAUACAGGAAAUAAAGUCGUUUAGUCAAGAAGGCAGAACUGCAAAGCAGGAGCCUAUGCUCUUUGCCCUCGCCAUUUGUUCCCAGUGUUCCGACAUAAGCACAAAACAAGCUGCUUUCAAAGCUGUUUCUGAAGUUUGUCGCAUUCCUACACAUCUCUUUACUUUUAUACAAUUUAAGAAAGAUCUAAAGGAAAGCAUGAAAUGUGGCAUGUGGGGUCGCGCCCUCCGGAAGGCCGUAGCAGACUGGUACAAUGAAAAAGGUGGCAUGGCCCUUGCCCUGGCCGUCACAAAAUAUAAACAAAGAAAUGGCUGGUCUCACAAAGAUCUGUUAAGAUUGUCGCAUCUUAAACCUUCCAGUGAAGGACUUGCUAUUGUUACCAAAUAUAUUACAAAGGGCUGGAAAGAGGUCCAUGAAAUGUAUAAAGAAAAAGCACUUUCUGUGGAGACUGAGAAAUUAUUAAAGUAUCUGGAGGCUGUAGAGAAAGUGAAGCACACAAAAGAUGAACUGGAAGUCAUUCAUCUGAUAGAAGAGCACAGACUGGUUAGGGAGCAUCUCCUAACAAAUCACUUGAAGUCUAAGGAGGUAUGGAAGGCUUUGUUACAAGAAAUGCCUCUUACAGCAUUACUAAGGAAUCUUGGAAAGAUGACUGCUAAUUCAGUGCUUGAACCAGGAAACUCAGAAGUGUCUUUAGUAUGUGAAAAGCUGUGUAAUGAAAAACUGUUAAAAAAGGCUCGUAUACAUCCAUUUCAUGUUUUAAUGGCAUUAGAAACUUACAAAACAGGUCAUGGGCUCAGAGGAAAACUGAAGUGGCGCCCUGAUGAAGAAAUUUUGCAAGCUUUGGAUGCCGCUUUUUACAAAACAUUUAAGACAGUUGAGCCAGCUGGAAAGCGUUUCUUACUGGCAAUUGAUGUCAGUGCUUCUAUGAACCAAAGAGUUUUGGGUAGUGUACUCAACGCUAGCACAGUAGCCGCAGCAAUGUGCAUGGUUGUCACACGAACAGAAAAAGAUUCUCAUAUAGUUGCUUUUUCAGAUGAAAUGGUACCAUGUCCAGUGACUACAGAUAUGACCUUACAACAGGUUUUAAUGGCUAUGAGCCAGAUCCCAGCAGGUGGAACUGAUUGCUCUCUUCCAAUGAUCUGGGCUCAAAACACAAAUACAGCUGCCGAUGUCUUCAUAGUAUUCACUGAUAAUGAGACCUUUGCUGGACAUGUCCAUCCUGCCAUUGCUCUGAGGGAGUAUCGAAAGAAUAUGGAUAUUCCAGCUAAGUUGAUUGUCUGUGGAAUGACAUCAAAUGGUUUUACCAUUGCAGACCCAGAUGAUAGAGGCAUGUUGGAUAUGUGUGGCUUUGAUACUGGAGCUCUGGAUGUGAUUCGAAGUUUCACAUUAGAUAUGAUUUAAUCAUAAGCACCAGCACAGUCUAAGAGGUCCAUUGCCAUCAGUGAUCUCGCUAAUACACCGCUACUUCCCAGCUAAUCUUAAUCCAAUGAAAGACAGUAGGAUGAUGGUAUAGUAUGUGCAUAAUGGAAGGUUUACCUUACCAAAAAAAAGGAAGGAACAAUAAGAUGAGCCCAAAGUUCUUUCUGUCUACUAAACUAGCUCUUGGGAAAUAGCUUCAGAAUACACUGUAGCCCCCUCUAUCUAAUAGAGAACUUCUUGUUGAGAGACUGUAAAAUAGUCAAACAGUUUUGUUUGGGUGAAUAAUCACAUUUGUACUUAAAAGAAGAGAGAGCCAAAAGUGUAAGUAGUUCCAUAUCAUGUCACUUAUUUGAGAAAUGCCUAAAGUUUUCUUAAAUGUUUUCAUAGGUAAAGGACAACUUUGAUAAUGUCCAAAUAUUCUGAAAUGCACUGGACCAUGUAACUGUGAUGGAAUAUGAAACUCAUUUGUAAACUUUUAUACCAAGGGGGUUAAAAAAACAAACAAACAAAAAAAAGACAUUUGAUUAUGAAUGAGUUUUACAAAUUCCUUUAACAGUUUUCUACAGUCACAUAAAUAACAGCUUUCUCAGUUAGUGAAAAAGAUAUUUUGUUUCUGUGGUUUAAUUUACACUUGUAGAAUUGUUACCAUUAACCAGAAACAUAAGGGAAACCCCUGAGAUCUGAAGUUUGUGUCAGCUGAGGAAGUCUAUUUUGGUUUGCUUUUGUUUGUUUAUUGCUGUGAGUGAGGGGCAUGACUUGACAGUUUCCUCUGGCUUAUAACAACAUAGCCACAUGCAGGCACACUUUUCUUUUCAUUCUCUUAAAUGAAAACAUGUUUCAAGCAUUUAACUCCCCCCAUUCAUAAUCUGAAAGUAUGACAAUUAAAAUCUCAAACAUAGCCAGAUUAGCUUUUUCCUUACUUUAAAAAUAUUGUUUUAAUUACUUUUAUCUAUUUUUUUAGCCAAUUGUAAAUGGGUUUUAGAUAUUUCUAAUCGUAAACAUGUUAGUGGCCUUCUCUCUCUUUGUCCAUUAUUCAUCUGUGGCUUUGUCCAUUAUUCAUUUGUGACAAAACAUUCUUUUUUGAUAGUAUAAAAAAAAUAAUAAAGCAAGGUAGGUCUUUCAGGUUUGAAAGGCAAUUUUUGUGUGGCAUAUUAUCACUAACCAGUCUGUAAGAAAUUAAUUUUUUCUAUUUUAUUUGUGUAUAUUAAACUUCCUAUUCAUUAUAAAGUGUAUUAUUUUCUUGAGCAAGUAUCCCUUCUUUGUGGGGAGGUUUUAACCUGUUGAACUGCCAGUAUAUUUGCUCAUAAUUAUAUCAUGGCUGUCUAAGAUAAUGUGCACAUAAAACUUCAGUUUUUAUGUAUUAUUCUUUAAAUGUAUUUAAAGAUUUACUGGGGAUUUAUAAAGCCCUUCUCAAUAUUAUAUGAAAAGUCAAACUAGUAAAUGUAAAUUAUACUUUCACGUGCUUGGGGGUUAGAGGUUUUAUGUUUUGGGGGGCAGGGGGACUCAUGUAAUGUUAGAAUUUGUAUAUUUUCUUCUGUUUCAUGAGAAAUUUGGGCUCUGGGAGUAACAAGACAAUGUUCCUUUCAAACUUAUUUGAUAAAUUAAUGCUGGCCUUGUCUGAUAUGUAGCUCUUCCUUCAAGGCCACUAGUAGCCAUUUGUAAAUAUUAUGAUUUACCUGAUUUUUUUGUCAGCAAAGAGUAGCACCACUACCUGCCCCCCCCAAAAAAAUACAUGGCUUCUGAUAUCUGUUUUUUGUCCUCUGUCAGGCAUUGGAUUUGACAUGUUAGCUACUUUUGAUACAUUAAAAUAUUACGUUCAGAUUGAAUUUAAAGUUUAAAGAACCUAACAGAAUUUUGUAAUAGUACUUGAAUUCUUUAAGUAAACCCAAAAUCUUUUUUUUUUUUUUUUUUUUUUUUGUGGUACGCGGGCCUCUCACUGUUGUGGCCUCUCCCGUUGCGGAGCACAGGCUCCGGACGCGCAGGCUCAGCGGCCAUGGCUCACAGGCCCAGCCGCUCCGUGGCAUGUGGGAUCCUCCCGGACCGGGGCACGAACUCGCGUCCCCUGCAUCGGCAGGCGUACUCUCAACCAUUGCGCCACCAGGGAAGCCCCAAAAUCUUCUUAAAUUAAAAAUUAUAACAUGAUCUAACUUUUUAUUCCUAAUAGAAAUGUUAAGUGGAAUAUAGUAUAAACGUUUAUUUCCUUCAGUUAAACACUGUUUCUAUAUUGUUUUUAGACAGAUAUGUUCAGGAACUAAUAUUAAAUCCAUCAAAGAAGUAAGAUUAGAUGUGACUUUUUUGAAGUCACAUAGGUAAGUCUAUUAAAUGGUAAGAUUUGAGAAAGAAAAAACUAAAAGCCACCACUGAAGGUAGCUUUAUUUUCAAAUCAUGGAGCUUUAGAGCUGGAAGAAACCUUAGAAAUAUAAAAGGUAAUUGUUUGAGUUAGGUUAGGGAUCCAUGGUCUGAGAGAGUGUGACUUUGGAGCCCUAGAUCUAGUAGAUCUAGAAACCUUGGUCUCUUCAUUCCCAUUCCAGUGUUCCUUUCCCGACAAAAUGGGAAGACAUUGACUUACAAGAGUAGGUGAUAAAAUAGAAUUAUUCAAGACUUUUAUCUUUUUAGGUAUUAGGAAAUAAUGUAUAUACAUGAUUGCUUUAGGAGUAGAAAAACAGAACUUGUGAACAUGUAUACUUCUGUAGUUCAUAGUAACCCUCAAGCACAAUUAAUGUCUUAAUAACCUGUAUUGCUAUAUAACAUAGUCAUAUAGAAAGAAUAAAAAAACUUUACCUCAUUAUGAAUAAAAUGUACUCAAGUGAUAAAGAAGUUUUAUUUUCUGAAUUACUUCUAGCAUUACUGCUGAUUAGGAAAAUGUUGCUUCUAAAAAACAAUCCUAAGAAAAGCAAACUUUAUUUCCUAGAAAAUAUGUAAAUAUUUUCAGGAUACAGUUGUAAUUAGUAAAACAAAAACUAAUCUUAUGAUCCUACCCUAUCCCUGUUAGUUGAAAUUUCUUGGAAAUUCCACUUAUUAACACUUACGUAUUAUUUAGUUUAGUCAUCAUUUUAGGAAAUAUUGGUGAGGAAGACACUAGUGAAUGGGAUUUAGUGUUAUACCCUUCUGGAACCUCUUUUGCUUUAUCUAACUUACUGUGUGACUGUAGACGACCAAUUUAACCUAUGUGAUUCAAUUUUGCUAUCUUUAAAAAGUAACAUAUCUGAUGCUUGGAUCAUAGAAGAAUCAAUGAUUUUAUAUCUGUAUAAAACUUGAAACUGGGAAGAAGGCUUGCAAAGAAAUUUGAACUUUUUUAAAAAAAUUAACACUUUUAAUAGGAUAUAUGUUUUGAAAGAUAAAAUGUUUUAGAAAAACAGCUCAGUAGGCUCAAUAAUUUUUUUAAACACUCCUGUUCUGAAUGGGGAAAUGUGGAAGAAAAAUUUUAACAGUAAAGGUAAUGACUAAAGAAAUCACCAUUCUCUGAUAAGAGAAAGAAGGAAUAUAUUCCAUUACAUAGAUCAAGAAAAACUAACUCAUACUCUAAAUGAGAAGAUGGUCUUACAAACAUUUGCUUAAUCUUUUAAAAUAACAGGUAAAUCUACAAACAAUAGAUUAUCAGUUAAUCAGCAUUUUUUUCUGCAAAACAAUUUAAAAUUAUUUUGGAAAUUUAAGAUAGAAUUUCUGAAUAAAUUUGAGGAUCUGACAAGUAAGAAACAUCUUUAGAAGCACAGUAAAGCUACAUCUAAACAGUGAUUAAAGGGAAAUGGUUGUGAUCACUUAUUGGACUUAUUUCAGUUUGACCUAAAGAUGAUAUACCCACAGAUCUCUCGAUGAGUCCCUUACAGUUAGUAAUCACAAAUGAAAAAUUCUAGUCUUGUAUACCACAGACUUGGGUGAUUCGUUAAGGCUAUAUCCCCUCUAGAGAAAUGUCAGAUAGCAUCAAUGUAAAUAUGCACAAGGGAGAAUUAGAAAAAAGAUAAGUUAAACUAUUUCAUUAGUUGUAUUUGCUGUAUGCAUUUAAUUUAGUAUAUAUCCCAGUUACUUGCUCCCUAGUCCCUUAUUUGUUGGAAGAUUCCUUCUAUACCUUUUUUUUUUUCUUUUAAAAUUCCUUUCUUCUGACAUUUUGGUCUUCUGUUUGUUUUUCUAGUCCUGCUGUACCUGGUACCUGAGUAAUAAAAUAAAUGACAGGAAAGUCACCCGUAUUUAGGUUUGGGAUACAUCUUGCAGAUUGCUUUUUGUUCCGUAUAGAUUUAAGGUCAUAUUGUUCUCAAAUUAAUAAUGGGCAGGUCUCCUGGAACAAUAAUUGAAUUGAUAAAUUCUCUCCCCAAAUCAAGUUAUAUUGUAUACCUUUUAUAUUAGAUAUUUGCAGAAAUGUUUGCAGUUAUUCAGCCUUUGUUUGCAAUUCUAGAUGUACCUAGCUCUUAGAAAAAGCACUCUUUGAAAAAUAAUUAAGUGAAUACUCUUUCAGAAAAUAGCAUGUCUCAGUGCUCAUAUCUCCAUAAUUAUAAAGACUACCCACAAAAUCUUUGUCUACCAAAUACUUCACAGAGCUUAUAUAUACAUGGCUUGUAGCAUAAAAGGUCUUGUAAAUGACAUGUAUCCACAUUCAACAUUUUUUUAAUUGGUGAGUAUUUUAUUUGCUUUUGAAAAAUUAUGAAGUUAAUUUAAAAAUUAAUCCUAUGGUAAUAUUUUUCAGGUAGAAAACUAAUAAUGUAGUUUAGCUUACUGUCUGAAUAGAAUUAUAAUAAAUGACACAUUUUCCUAAACCCUGAAAAUACCAAAUUAUAUAGGAAAUUGGUAGAAAGAAACAUAAACUGAGGAGUUAUGUUGCAAAAUUCAGUUACUAAAAUUAAGGUGAUUAUUUUCAAUGAGAAUUUUGUAAAUACAAUGAAAAGAUAUAAAAGAUGUUUCUGAGCCUAAGGAGAUUUUUCCCUUUGCUUCUAUUUAAUUUAGCACCACCAUGUGUCAUAUUAAUUUUAUGAAUACAAGUGAUAAUAUACUUCAUUUUAAAAUAUAUUUAAAUUUCUCUGCUUUUAGAAGUUAUCAGAAUCUGUUCUUGAACAAAAGAAAUAGUAAGUUAGCUACACUUCGCUGGCUUCACUUCAUGAAUACUUGGAUUGUUAAGUGUAGUAAAUGAGGUUGAAGUCUUGCUAUAUAUCAUUACCACAUAACUGAUAGAAUAUUAUAUCAAUACAAUCAUUGUAUUGAAACUUCUGUUUAAAUUACUUAUUAGGCUUUAUUUGCAAUGUAAACUGUUUAGAAUCCAUAGAUAGCCAAAUUAAACAUAUUAUACAAUUAAUGAAUAGUAACCAAGAAAAAGUGUUUUUGCUCACUAUUAUUCUAAAAAUGGACUGCUUGCAAUUCGGUAUGAUGUGACUAGACAUAACUUGUAAUGCACUUGAGUUAUAUUUCCUUCCUUUUAUUGCCAGCUUCUGAUAAUGAAGAAAUUCUCCAAGAGAUGAGAUAUAUGAAAUCAUCUUUUUAAAAAAAAUUGAAUGGGGAAGAGGUGUUAUAAUCUAGUUCUAAACUGUCCAUUUGCUUUAUAUAAAGGCUUUGAUUUCCAUAUUUGACCACUCAAAAAUUUAAAUUAUACAGACUAAUGGCUGCAUAGAAUAAAAUUUAAGUAUGCAAGAGCCUUAAAGUGAAAAAAAUGGGCCUUCUGACUGCCUUAAAAUAUGACUAGCUCUCCAACACAGGCAUACGUACUUUGCAUAGGGUCUGUUCAUUAAGUAAUGCCUUAAUAGUGUCAGUGUUUCUGAAGUAUAGAACUCGAAAGGUCUUUUAAAGCUGUCUCUUUUACAUAUAGAAUGGAAAUUUAAUUAUUAAGUUUUAAAACCUGAUUGUACAUUAGCUAUUUAAGCACCCGUUAACAGGAUAAUCUAGGGACACUGAUGUGUUAUACAUACAUGACUGUUAACAUCAGUAAUACUUUGUGGUAGUUUAAGGUUUUUUAUUGUUUUGUAUAACAAAUUAUCCAGGAAGCUGGACUCUGUAACUGAUCUCCAAGGACCAAGUUGCAUAUUUAAACACUCUGAAUGAAAAAUAUAGUUGUACAGUUCCAAAAAUGAUUAAUUUUUUAAGGGAAUUUUUCAAGACAAAAGGCAAAUAUUUUGUUUCAAGCCUACCAGCAAAUUCAUUCAAAGAAGUGAAUAUAGUUGUAAGACAUUGCGACUAUUGCAAUAAAAAGUAUCCAGGCCAGUGAUGUUUAAUUACAUUCACAUUUUUACAUUCACUUUGCCUUUCAAAGCAGGAAUAUUUUAUAAAAAUGAGAGAAAACUUUAAAUUGUCAAGCUGGUGCUUAAAAGUAUAUAAAGUUCAAUUUAUAACAAGUUCCAUUUCAAAGGAAAAGGACACUGAAAGGAGGGGCAGGGGGUUUCCUAGGUCUGUUGUUGAUCAACUCACUGAUAACUUUGUUGAGUCUUCCAAGUUUUCACUGUAAAUAACAUACCUAGCAAUGUAAUUCUGCUGUUUUCUGAUAGAAAAUGGAUGAAAUACUAAUGUAUGAAAUUUAUUUCAUGACAAAACAGUUUUCACCAAUACUGUGAAAUCUGGACUCUCCUUCCUAGCCCUGCAAAACCCCAUACUGGAUAAAUCAUUUUAGACAUGGAGUGCAAGUGGGCACAAUGUGAACUGUUUCUGGUCACUUGUAUUAUUGUAAAAAUUGAUAGAUGUACCAAAUAAACUCUAUGCACAUCAA